AUUUCAAUAUAUAGUAAAAAGAACUUUCAAGAUAACAUAAAAUUAAAGUCCCUCUCUCUCUCUCUCUCUUUGCUAAUAGAGAAGAUCAAGAAGAAGAAGAAGAAGAAUGAUGGAUUCUUUAUCAAAAUGCUUCAACAGACUUCAAGAAAGGUACGAAAACGUUCUAGAAGCGAAACCUAUGUACAGAGAGGACUUAGACAUAACGUUGCCUCUAAAUGACUCAGAGAUUUCAGUAGAGUCGACCAAAAAGUCUCGGUGCUUGGAUAGAGCCAAGAGGAUCGACAAGUCGCUGAGGUUCGAAACAGAAGACGAAGAAGAUGAACAGAAGAAAAAGACUCCGGCUAAGCCACGUAAGGUUGUGAGGUUUCAGUUAGAGAAUAAUAAAAUUAUCGAGCCGAAGAAGACGGUGAGGUUUGAUGAUGAUCAGAAACUCGAACCAAAGGAGAUGGCUCUGGAGGAGAAAGUGAGUUUGAAUAUGGUUGAAAGGGAUGAAAAGGUCGUGAGGGUUAAGAUCAAGAUGACAAAGCAAGAAGCUCACAGGCUACUGUCGAAAUACAAAAACGACAGCGUUUUCGACUUAGAGCACCUUGUGGACCAGAUCGCACACGUUCCUGUUCAUCAGCUUCAAGUCAAUAUGGUAAUGGUUGGCUGUAAUACUGAGCGACAAUGAAAUGGCUGCUGGAAUAAUUUUAGGUUUAUUUUGCAUUUAUUUUGUCAUAAUUUUGUAGUUUUAGUGUAGUACAAUAUUUUUGAUAGAUUAAUAGAAGUAACAGGGUUUGGGGAAAUAUUAUGUUGUUGCCUGAUAAAUAAUGUAACAAAAGUUUGACA